AACGACAAUCAGAAAACCCGAUAAUCAACGCAAUGGUCAGUUCUGCAAUUUGUCCCUUUCGUUCUCCACACCAUGUUUCUUCAAAAUCCACACAAAUUGAACUCUCUUUGUGCUUGAAAAAUAAUGGUAAUCUGACGAGAAUAUCUUGAAAAAUAAAGGCCGACACAAAAUCCAAAGACACCAACCCCAUGCGCGAACUCCGCAUCGAGAAGCUUGGUUUGUCCCCAUAAUCCUCCUCGCCGUCGUCGGAAACCCACAGCCUGAAUACUGGAUCUCGAAAACCAUAUUACCAGGAGCUAAUGAAAUUACCAGUUCUCAACAUCAGCGUUGGAGAGUCUGGUGAUAGGCUUACUCGUGCUGCUAAGGUGUUGGAACAGCUUUCUGGUCAAACCCCUGUAUAUAGCAAGGCUCGUUACACCGUCCGUACCUUCGGUAUCCGUCGUAACGAGAAAAUUGCCGUGCACGUCACUGUCCGCGGACCCAAGGCUGAGGAAAUCAUCGAACGUGGGUUGAAGGUCAAGGAGUAUGAGCUUCGUAAGAAGAAUUUCUCUGAGACCGGUAACUUCGGUUUCGGCAUCUCCGAACACAUCGAUUUGGGAAUCAAAUACGACCCAGCUAUCGGUAUUUACGGAAUGGACUUCUACUGCAUUAUGUGAGUGUUGGAAGUUAACCCGGGGGUGUUGGCCUUGGGGGGCGGUUAAAACACAUACGGUCAAAUACUGAUGGUGAAAUUCAGGUCCCGUCCCGGUCUUCGUGUUGCCAAGCGCAGGAGGUGCCAGUCAAGAGUCGGCGCCUCGCAUCGUAUCAAUCAGACCGACUCUAUUAGGUGGUUUAAGGCCAAAUACGACGCCACUGUAAGGUAGAUGUGCUUGGUUUAGGGGGAAUUAAAUAAAACACUUUAAAAUGGAGCGCGAUGGUGGGGAGUUAUUUUCUGCUACUGUUUCUUUCUUCCUCUUUCCUCACCGGGCACAAUCUGUACUUAAAAAAAAAAAUUUCAAAGGGUAACGUCUGGCAUAU